AUGGUGGAGAAGCUGAAUCUGAAAACAAAAGCUCCUCAUUCCCAUCCUUACAAACUUCAAUGGCUUCGAAAGGGCAAUGAUAUCCAGGUAACUAAGAAAUGCUUAGUUCAAUUCUGCAUUGGAAAAAAUUAUCAAGAUGAAGUUAUGUGCAAUGUUGUUCCUAUGGAUGCUUGUCACAUACUACUUGGUAGGCCCUGGCAGUAUGAUAGAAAAACUGUCCAUAAUGGUCUGAAAAACACCUAUUCUUUUGUAAAAGAUGGAGUUAAAGUGGUUUUGGCCCCAUUAAAAAUGGUAAUUACUCCUAAACCAUCUAAAGGGGAGGGUUGUAACUUACUAUCUGUAGGUGAAGUUGAGAAAACCUUAACUGAAUGUGGGAAGGGGUAUGUUCUUAUUGUAGUUGAAAAGAAAGACCCCAUUGAAAUUUCACUUAUGAUACAACCACUUCUUGAGGAAUUCCUUGAUGUUAUUCUCGAAGAACUUCCACCGGGCCUUCCACCUAUGAGGUGUAUACAACACCAUAUUGAUCUUAUUCCAGGUUCUGUCUUACCUAACAAAUCAGCCUAUAGGAUGAAUCCAAGGGAGCACGAAGAGUUGCAAAGGCAAGUUGAUGAGCUGAUCUCCAAAGGCCUUGUGCGAGAAAGCAUGAAGCCCAAGAUGAGAGUAUCGAACCCUCUUGGCAGUCAGACUCUCAUGAAGUCUAAUGCCCAGCUGCGGCAUGAAGGUCAAGGAGAAGCUCCACAGCCUCCAGUUCAGGUUGAGCUACCCACAGGAGCCCUCCUCUUCUCAGACUGCUCCACCUCCUCCAUCGCAUGA